ACACACUCUAUAACGCUUAGUACUCAACCCCGAGAACAUUUGUAUUCACUGGCCGCUCCGAACCAGAUACCUGAACGCUUAUUGAUAACGAAAUAUUUACAAAAUACUUCCGGGUUUGAAAUUAUCUACGCAUUGAGAAAAAAGGUUGUUUCGGGUAAAUGGAUUAUAAAUAAGAGUUCUGAACACAGGUGUGGAGUUAAAAAUACAAUCGACGGAAGACAUUCAGAACGGCCUGAAUUAACAGAAUUAAAGAACUGUUCCAUCAUGGUCAUCCCAUCCUGCGUGUACCGUUUGUUAGCUCAUAAUGAAAAACCAACAGAAACUCUUACGGCUCGUGAUCCAUCUGCAAAAGUGACGGUGUUUGGGCACGUGCGGGGAAGAGCGAAAAAAACACAAUUUAUUUCCACUUCAGCCAGUCUGAAAGCUUGCAAAGUGUUCUUAAAAAAGGCAAAAGCAAAGAAAAAUCGAAAGUACAUUAUCGUUGAAAUUAACCUGGUAGAGCUGUGCAAAAUGAGAAAAGACAUAAAUAUCAUUGAUCUUACAGACAAUGCUGUUUUAAAUAAGCAUAUUUCAGCUAAUCCCAACAGUCCUACAAGAGGAUAUAGGUACAAUGUAAGAAAAUGGGCAACGGAUACUGAAGAAAUAUUAUUACAUGUGUGCGAAAUUCCGUCUAUGUAUAUGAAUGUAGUGAUACCAGAUUCACAUAGUAUGAAUAGUGGGCAUGACUGUGUCAAAUCGGAUGAUGAAAGCAACUCUGAAAAUUGCAGCUCUGAUGAUUCAGAUGAUGAGGAUGAUGAGGAUGAUUUAAAUGAAAUAGAUAAAGAUUGCAACUUCUAUGACUUAAGUGAGCACGAUCAAGAUGUAAUGAUAGACUACCAAGCAAGGCACUGUGGCGACUAUGAGCCAUGCAGUGAGUCUGAUAACGAGGAUAAUUAUAGCGACUAUGAGCCAGACUAUGAUUCCUAUAACGAGAAUAACUGUAGCGACUAUGAGCCAGACUAUGAUUCCUAUAACGAGAAUAACUGUAGCGACUAUGAGCCAGACUAUGAUUCCUAUAACGAGGAUAACUGUGACGACUAUGAGCCAGACUAUGAUUCCUAUAACGAGAAUAACUGUAGCGACUAUGAGCCAGACUAUGAUUCCUAUAACGAGGAUAACUGUGACGACUAUGAGCCAGACUAUGAUUCCUAUAACGAGAAUAACUGUAGCGACUAUGAGCAAGACAUUGAUUCCUAUAACGAGGAUAACCGUGACGACUAUGAGUGAGAUCAUGAUUUUUAACGAGAAUAUCUGUGGUGACUAUGGGUCAGACUACGACUAUUCUAACAAGGAAACACUGUGAUUCUUUUAACAAGAAUAACUGUGGCGGCUUUGAUUAUUGUAGCGAGGAUAACUGUAGCGCUUUAUAGCAGACGACGACUCUUUAUGUCGAGGUUUUCUGUGGCGACUAUGGACACAUCAAUGAUUUAUUUAAUGAGGAUAUUUGGAACAACUAUUAAAUUCAUAAUAUGAGUGAAGAUGAGAAUUUAGUAGGUGUUACCUUUCAUGCGUACCUAAUGCUCCUUUAUUUUAACUGAAGUAUAGGUAACAAACCAAUUUAAACUUUAAAUGCGUAUCGUGUUUCCUACACUCUCCACCUUUAGAUUCAAGCCUACUCACUUCAAACAGAAUACCGCGUACCAUUCUACUUAGUCAUAUUCAUUCAUGUAACUUAGUCGGAUUCGGUAUGUACUCUUUUUUAACUAUUAUGUCAUUGAAAUCUGAGAUAUUUGUCUUAUUGUUGUAAUAUUUACUAUUUGUAUUAAUGCAACGACAAUUUAAAACGGUUAUAGUUUAUCAAUUACUUCAACAGUAGUAUUUGUCUGCAAACAUUGACCAUGAUAAUGUAGUUCUACCAUUCAAUGUAAUUUAGGUAUUUAGAUAUCUCACUCCUAGCGUGCAACUCUCUUUACUCACUCAUCCUAUCGUUGAACAUGAAACUGAUGAAAUAAUUUGAUUGUAUGAAUAAACUUAUGUACCAAUUAACUGUCAUUAUAUUUUUAUAUUCUGAGAUUUCGGUGUAACUAAAUGUUUAGAUUUACAAUGUACACAUUACUGGAUGUUAAAAAUUUAAACAAUUUACAUUAUACUAUGAAAUAUUAUUCAUUACCUUACCGUAGAAAAUGAUAGAUACAAUUACCGAAAACCAAAAUGUUUUUGUGUUUUCACUAUAAACCGCACCGAUAUAGCACAUGUUAAUAAAAGGUAUGUUGAAAGAAAUAAUACGUAAAAUAUCAAUAUCAAUGGACUUUAUGUUUAAGGUGGUGGGGUAUGUUGCUUCCCCUACAUUUAUAUU